AUACAUGACGUGUAUGUGUUGCGAUUAUGAAAUGCGUGUAUGAUCAUGAAACCAGACUGAGUCGAUCUGAGACUGGAUAGCCCCAUACUUGUGGCCAAUAUACUGGACUACCUCCAGAGAAUGAUUACUCGUUAGUACCCUCCAAACAAGAAUCAGACAACUGCUACAGCUACCUUAGUGGGCCCAACGUCUUCUCUUCCUCCUCAAGUUUAUGAGUGUGGCAAACUUUUGAAAUUUGUGGUGCUUUAUCGUACAAACCUUAUACAUUGACACAGCUGGAGCAUGAAAUUCUGCAUUUCAUAAGCUGCAAGUACACAUAUAUGUGUACGUAAACUCAGUGGUUUCUUCAUAUUGUACUGAACAAUAAUUAGCCAAGAUGGACAAAUCAAGUAGCAGUACUAUGCCAGACACAGCCUUGUUCGGUACGGAGCCACAUCAGUUGAAACUGGGACGAAGCUUUGAUCGGGACAAGCACCGGGCCUUCCAUACAAUACGGUAUGACUUCAAGCCAGCAUCGGUUGACCAUUCUAAAGAAGCAGUACUAGAGGUUGGGGAGGGACAUGAAGUCAACAUCACGUUGCCUAAUGUAGAGAGUAAAGGGACGACGUGUACCAAGUUCAAGGGUUCCAAGAGAUCUCUGCAGAAGGAAUGUGUCUUGAUCUAUGAUCACCGGACAGGAGAGUUUACACUGGAGAGAUUGACCUGUAAUAUGCAGGUCAAGAAGCAAAGGGAAGAAGGUACAAGUAAAGCCCAACAGAGUCGCUUGCUAGCUGGCCUAGACUCAUCAACUAACCUCAAGAACUCCCCCAACUUGACCUCUACAAGUUCAAAGAGUAAGAGAGCGGACCUAUCCUCAACAAAUGCAGUACUGGCAGCACCUGAUAUUGAGCAAGGUGGGGAGAUCUCCCCUCUCCAACCGUCCCCCCUCGCCCCAUCUCCUCACACCCCGCCCUCCCAUCAAGCUUCAUAUCACCAUGACGACUCGGACUCAUCCAGUAGCUACAUCACUGAUAGCGACAGCGACGAUAACGACAAUAAGGGGAGUAGUAGCAGCAGCUCCAGUGGUGAGGAGAAUGGACAUGAUGGAGGUGGCAGCCAGGCACUGAGGAAUGGUAACGUCAACUCAAGGCACACAGAUAGUGGAAGCAGGAGACAUCCACAAGCCAAAUCAGACAGUCCGCCAAGAGGAAGGCACUUGGAAACGAGUCAAAACUCUGCUCAAUACCUUCGUAGUCAACUCAGUCAAGAUCUACAGCUGAGUGAUGAGUCUGACUCUGACAGUGAUUAAGCUGAUCAGCAGCUCCAGUGGAUACCAGUGGUGAAUCAGUGGAUGUCAGUCGUGAAUGUAGUGGAUCCACAAAUUGUUCACGUAUAGGACCAUUUGCAUUCAUCCCAAAAGUAAUAAGUAACCUACUGAAUUAUUAUCAAAAAGCUUAUCAGCAGCUUCAGUGGAUACCAGUGGUGAAUCAGUGGAUGUCAGUCGUGAAUGUAGUGGAUCCACAAAUUGUUGACAUAUAGGACUAUUUGCAUUUAUCCCAAAAGUAAUAAGUAACCUACUGAAUUAUUAUCAAAAAGCUUACUUGGAUUAAAGAUCGUACCGGUACUAAACACAACGGGAAAUUAUUCCGUCUGAGUGGUAUGGACAAAAUCCUGUUUUGUGAUCAAAAAGUUGUGCACGGUUGUUCUCUAAAAACUAUAAUAACUGUAAUAAAAUAUUCAUCAACAGCCAGUAUGAAAUGGGGAGUGUAAGACAGGAUUGGUAAUGGACAUGGGUCAACUUUAUCUGUUGUUUUACUUGCACUGACAAACACGUUUUAAUGCAAACAUUCAGAGAACCUGUACGGAAAUAAGUUUUAAGAAGGCUUGUAAACCUGUUUAUUUUUGUCACCAUUUGAGGUGUUGGUUUUGGUUUGACUUUUUUCUUUUUCUGUAAUCCAAACCUAGAGGCAAACUUUUUGAGGAACAUUCUUGAAUUUUCCCAGAAUCCAGCUCUAUGCAAAGCCUGAUGUUCUCUGUACUUAAAGAAAUUCAAGAACUUUGUGAGGAAUUUUAUUAACUUAAUGACUGAAUUCACAAAAGUACAUGUAUUGCAAAUAUUGGGAGUGCAUUUUGAUAGAUGGUCUCCUUAAUAUGAGUUAUUAUACUUAACAAUACACGCUAUAUGGAUGUCCAUGUGUAGUGACUGCUGUAUAUGUAACAGCAGUCAUGGCCGCCUCGUAGGUUUGGACCAAUUCUUAAAGACCAAACCUUGAUGAUCAAGUUUACUACCUGAAGUAUAUUAUUACCUGAGUUUCGCAAAACGUCUAAAUUUUUAAAAGCAGUUUUAUGAACUUACAUAGUAUCAAUGUCAGGGCAUUUGCUGUUCUGAAAAAUGAAUGAUGCACUCCUAUUAUCACAGAUUAAACCUACAAGCUUGUAUAAACUGUUACAUUUUAUUUCAAAUGGUUACUUUUUUAUUUCAUGGUUCAAUUCACUGAGUUAAACUCUUCAUUUUCUGACAAUUGUAGAAUCAAAGACCUUUCAAAUUAGUGCUGUUGUUAGAUAUAAUAAUGCUGUGCAUUAGAUGCAGUCAUUUUGAGAGAUAUAAUAAUGCUUUGCUGGACAUUCUUCAGGUAAAGUCAGAGGAAAAUCAAAAUUGGUAUUUAUGGAUCUUGUUAUAUUUUCUCAAAAUAUGAGUUCUGGCUGUUUAUGUUCUUUUCUUAUUUUUUCUUUUGGUAGAUAAAGGGAAUAUACAUUGGUUCUUAGCCAUUAAAACGAAGUAUUAAUUAAACAUGCAUAUUAUGCUUUUAAUAAGUGUAUCAUAAAA